AGUGACCAACGGGUCCGCCCCUCCCUGUGGGGAACUGCCCCUGCCUGUCGGGAACUGCCCCUCCCUGUCCGCGCGGAGUCUAAGUUCCUGGAGGGACAGGGCGGAGGCCGGCAGGAACCGAAGCAGGAAAGGCGAGGGCCGCUGUCCGGAACAGGUGUGUCUCCCACCCCGCAGGCUCGGAGCAAUGGCGACCCCGGGAGCCCCAGUGGGUGGCGUCUCGUCCGGAGGGCCCCAGUGCCCUUCUGACCCAGCGCUGGAGCCCAAGCAGCUCCCGGAGCUGAUCCGCCUGAAGCGAGACGGAGUCCGCCUGAGCGAGCGAGACAUUCAGAGUUUCGUGCGCGCCGCGGUGGACGGGAGCGCGCAGGGCGCACAGAUAGGGGCCAUGCUCAUGGCCAUCCGACUGCAAGGCAUGGAUCUGGAGGAGACUGUGGCGCUAACCCGGGCCCUAGCCAACUCCGGGCAGCAGCUAGAGUGGCCAGAGGCCUGGCAUCAGCAGCUCGUGGACAAACAUUCCACAGGGGGAGUGGGUGACAAGGUCAGCCUGGUCCUGGCACCUGCCCUGGCUGCCUGUGGCUGCAAGGUACCCAUGAUCAGUGGGCGUGGUUUGGGGCACACAGGAGGCACCUUGGAUAAACUAGAGUCGAUUCCUGGAUUCACCGUCAUCCAGAGCCCGGAACAGAUGCAAGGUCUGCUGGAGAGAGUGGGCUGCUGUAUUGUGGGUCAGAGCAAGGAGCUGGUUCCUGCAGAUGGAAUCCUGUACGCAGCCCGAGAUGUGACAGCGACCGUUGACAGUCUGCCACUCAUCACAGCCUCCAUCCUCAGCAAGAAGGUGGUGGAGAACCUGUCUGCACUGGUGAUGGAUGUGAAGUUCGGAGGGGCUGCCGUCUUCCCGAGCCAGGCAAAGGCCCGGGAACUGGCUAGAGCGCUGGUUAAUGUCGGGGCAGGCCUGGGGCUCCGGGUGGCAGCGGCGCUGACAGCCAUGGACCAUCCCCUGGGCCGCAGCGUGGGCCACACCCUGGAGGUGGAGGAGGCGCUGCUUUGCAUGGACGGCGCGGGGCCACCGGACCUGCGGGACCUGGUCAUUAGGCUCGGGGGCGUCCUACUCUGGCUCAACGGACAGGCGAAGGCCCAGGACGAGGGUGCAGCCCGGGUGGCCGCGACACUGGACGACGGCUCGGCCCGGGACCGAUUCCUCGUGCUCUCGGACCGCGAGCCCUUCGCCGCCCCUUCGCCCUUCUCUGAGCUCAUCUUGCCACCGAACGACGCGCAGCAAUAAAGCCGAGGGCAGCAAUAAGGCCGAGCGGCAGCAGUAAAGCCGAGCGCAGCAAUAAAGCCGAGCAGCAAUAACGCCGAGCGGCAGCAAUAAAGCCGAGCGCAGCAAUAAAGCCGAGCGGCAGCAGUAAAGCCGAGCGCAGCAAUAAAGCCGAGCGCA